AUGGAUGAGGAGAUGACUAGAGGUUCCACUGAUCCUCUUACAUGGCAGGAACAUGGGGCAAUGGGCUGUAUAGGGCCUUCUAACACGGACCAAAUGUUGAAGUCAUUUCUACAGCAGGGUGAUCUGAACUGCAUUGGGAUUGCUCUCCGUAAGCUCCUAAUAACCAUACACCUAUGGCCUCAUUCUGGAAAUAUUUCUGAGGAAGCUGAUCUAAUUGAAAGGAAUGACGAGCAGCAGUUUCUUUCCAGUGCAGAUUUUCUAAGCAAUGAUGGCUUGGCCACCUUGAUUUCUAAUAUGCAGGCAGCAGCAUCCGGAGUCCUUAAGGGGUGA